AUGCCGCCGCCUCAAUUAUUCAUCAAUCCUCCUCUGCUCAACUCAGCGACACCAUGGGCCACCGAUCUCAAAGAUCUCAUGGGAAUCGCGCUAUCUCCAUCGACGGGCGCUAUCACGACCCGCACAUCUCUUAUCAAUGGCUUCAACCAUCAACACCAUCAACAUCAAUACCUGUUUUUCAAUCCUGCUUCCAUGGAUCCAGAUAAAGGCACUUCUUCGGAUCAAACACCGCCGAAGGAUCCAGAUGUGGAGGCUAGGGGCAAUUUGGGGUUUGACGAUGAUACAUCUGAAAAGACCCGUAAAUCGUACUCCACGGGCAGCUUGAACACUCUGGGCUACAGUCCUAUCCCUCUCGAUGGGUAUCUCGACAUGUUGAACGAGAUCGCUCGUCGACUUCCGAAUUUGAAAAAGACGUUCAUUGUUAGCGUUACUGGAUCGCCGGAGGAUAUCCAAGAGAGCUACAGGCGAAUCGAACAUGCUUCUCGAGACGUUCCUUUUCCCUUGGCUAUGGAAGUCAACUUGAGCUGUCCCAAUAUUCCUGGUGCGCCACCGCCAGCUUACGAUGGCGCUGCUCUCGAAAGGUAUCUUGCUCUGCUGCCGCAACGUCCUACACUGCCGAUUGGAAUCAAAACUCCACCGUAUACACACCACGGACAGUUUGUGACCGUCAUUCAAACAUUGCAGAAGGCAGCUUCCUCAAUCAGCUUCAUCACCGCCACAAACACUCUCGGCUCGUGUCUUAUUCUUCAACAAGACGGAAGUUCCCAACUGCCUGGUACAGGCAUAGGUGGUAUGGGCGGACCAUCUCUGCAUCCUCUGGCUCUCGGAAAUGUGGACACUUUACGAAGAAUGCUGGACCAGGUGCCUGAAUUGAGUCAUGUACAGAUCAUUGGUGUUGGUGGAGUCCGCGAUGGAGACGGGUGGCGGAGGAUGAGAACGGUUGGGGCUUAUGCUGUUGCGGUGGGGACAGGUCUGGGGAAGCAGGGGCCAGGCGUGUUUGAGAGGAUCGAAAGGGAUCUCCAAGGUAAUGGGGAUGUCACUGAGUCGAAGCUGUGA